AUGUCUCCUGAUAUGAAGGGACUCUGCUUCCGGUGCCUCCGGGAGGGCCACUUCCGGCAUGACUGCACAAACCCCAUCGUGUGUAUCAGAUGCGGCGAGGAAGGGCAUGGCACCAGGGGAUGCAAGCGGCCGCGCAGUCCUACUUCGGAGGCGGAGCUCUGCCGUCAGGCUGAGGCCAUGGUGGCGCGGCGCACCUCCCGGUCGGCAACCCCCUCAAACAGCUCGCUUCCGCCACCGCCGCCCCCGUCUCUAGCCCUGGUGGAGGCUUGGCCGCGGUUGGGCGCGCAGCGUCCCCUUCCCCCGGCCCCAAGGCUGCAGAUGCAGAUGGACACGGACAUGGUGCCGUUAGAGCUGUGUGUCGUUCGGCGCACCCCGGCCAUGGAUGAUCUGGAGAGGCGCCUCCAACUCGCCAUGGUGGUGUACGCGGGCGGCGCCAGGAGGGAGAUUUCGCCGGAGUUUGUGGUUGAGGCGCUCUAG